AAAAGCUCGACAAGCUGCUUCUUCUUCAACGGAUUGGAUAAGCUGGGGAUAGCAGGAUCCCCUCUCUCUCUCUCUCUCUCUCUCUCUCUCUCUCUCAUGGCGAAUUGUACAGCUUCCCCUUCAAUUUCCUGCUUCUCAUCUCCAAUUUUCCACACAUUCCCUCAUCAAAACCCUAAACCCCUCAUCUCAGCUUUCAUUCCCCUCAAACCCCUAAAAACCCUCCUCCUAUCUCACACCCACACCCGAAGAACCUCCCCAAUAAUCCGCUGCAACCUCCCCACCACCUCCACCUCCACCCUCCCGGUCCUCUCCCUCGACGGUUCCACAGUCGGCGAAGCCACUCUCAGCAUCAAGACAGCCCCGCCCGACACCUCACGCGCCGUCGUCCACCGCGGCAUCAUCACCGACCUCAACAACAAGCGACGCGGCACCGCCUCCACCCUCACCCGUGGCGAGGUCCGCGGCGGCGGCCGCAAGCCCUACCAGCAGAAAAAGACCGGCCGCGCCCGCCGGGGGUCCCAGCGGACCCCGCUCAGGCGUGGCGGGGGUGUCAUCUUCGGGCCGAAACCCAAGGACUGGACGGUGAAGAUCAACAAGAAGGAGAAACGGCUGGCGAUAUCGACGGCGAUCGCAAGCGCGGCGGUUAACGCGGUUGUGGUGGAGGAGUUCGGGGAGGCGUUUGCGAAGCCCAAGACCAAGGAGUUUAUCGAGGUGAUGAGGAGGUGGGGGAUCGAUCCGAAGGAGAAGUCGAUGUUUCUGGUGAUGGAGAGGAACGAGAAUGUCGUGAAGUCGAGUAGGAAUAUCGGGACGGUGAAGAUGUUGACGCCGAGGACGUUGAACUUGUUCGACAUUUUGAAUGCGGAUAAGUUGGUGUUCACUAAGGGGGCUGUGGAGUACUUGAAUGAGAUGUAUGGGUAUGAUUAUGUUGGAGAGGGUGAGGAGGAGGAGGAAGAAGAAGAAGAAGAGUUUGAUGAAGAGGAAGAGGGCAGUGAAGGAACUGGGGAAGAGAACUCUGAGGUGGCAGAUUGAUGCUGCAGCAUUUUUCCUUGAGUGACUAAGAUCGACCCAAAUAACUUUUAGAGGGUCUCUGCCAACGGCAAAACCAGUGUCCAUUUCGCGUUUCAUACUGCAACUGUGUCAUUUUGCAGGAUAGUCUUGGGUAAUUUUGUGCAUCAGCUUUGUAUCAAUUUGCACAUUCUCUUCCUGGAGUUCAACCAUCUUUGUACCAAGUCACACGUUCUUUGCCUCGAGUAUAUUUGCCUUUUGAUUCUUUAA